UCACGCUCUCGCCAACGCCCUCAGAAACAUGAAUCGUUAUUAUUACCCAGCAGCCGUCCGCAACUGUUACACCCUCUCUUUGUGUGUCUUCCAUAUCAGAACUCACCUGCCUGAACCGUAGCCGAGCCUGUAGUUCAUCACUCCGACAGCUCACAUGUGCUACCAUAACUACACACAACACAAUGGCUGCGGCCACAUUGGCGAACGCCAUUCCUCGCCCUGGAAACUCUGCGCAGAAGCUGAGCGGCGCCUCGUCGAACUUAGAGGGCCCUCAGCGAUCAUGAGUCCUCCCCUGGACCGCGCAAAUAGCACGCCCUUCUUCUCUCAGUCGCGCAAUCCUGGAAAGCUGAGCAAACGCUUUGCGUCGUUUAGUCUCUCGCGCUCCGGCACCACUGCCAGUUCGUCGUCUGCUACGAGGCGCGCUCUCUCGGGCCCAGUCUCACCGGUUUCUUCCUCCCGCACAUCGACGUCGUCGAGGUUCUCCUCGUUGGGGGAGAAUGUGGUUUCCGGGCACGGUAUCCCGGAUCAUCAGUUUGAGGCGGUGAGGUGUAAAGGGGAUGCCGUUGAGGUGAGGACGACUGUGACCUCGGAUAUGGAGGUAUGUAAAGAGUGUAAGAUCUGGAUAGGAGAGAUGCGAUUUAUGAUUGAGAGGUAUGAGAAGACGGGGACUAUCAAGGGGACGAUGGCGUUUGAAGAGUUUUUGAAGUGGAGGGGAGAGUGGGAGCGGGAUGAGGAGCGGGAUAGAUAGAUGGUUCCAUGGCAUGAAAACUUGAAGACUUCAGUCUUUGUUACG